CAGGAUCUGGCAUCUCUAAGAGGUGUCAGUCAAUACAGCUUGUCUGGUUUGAGGUGAAUCCUGUUUCCUAUAAACAACUGAAUGGAAUGGAACAUUCAUUUCCUCUAACUUCUGUCUCCCUCUUCUAUUACCCUGUGAUCUCCUUGGCUAGACAGGGAUGUGUGAGAACUCUUAUGCUAGACCAUUUUUCUCCCACAAUCCUUGCAUCUGUGGAGGCUAGACAAUAUGGUUACUUGCCAUGUGAUACCAGAUUCUGUCUACUCUCCACCAUGCUUUGAGGUCAUUCACCAGGUAAUUACAUGGUACUGGGGGAUGAGAGUAUGCCCUAAGAUUAUUGUCCUGAGCCUUGCAUUCUUUUUUUUUUAAGUGACAAUGAAUGAUUUCCUUUUUUUUAUUUUAACUUUUUUUUUAUUAACUUGAGUAUUUCUUAUUUACAUUUCGAGUGUUAUUCCCUUUCCCGGUUUCCGGGCAAACAUCCCCCUAAUCCCCCCCUCCCCUUCUUUAUGGGUGUUCCCCUCCCCAUCCUCCCCCCAUUGCCGCCCUCCCCCCAACAAUCACAUUCACUGGGGGUUCAGUCUUAGCAGGACCCAGGGCUUCCCCUUCCACUGGUGCUCUUACUAGGAUAUUCAUUGCUACCUAUGAGGUCAGAGUCCAGGGUCAGUCCAUGUAUAGUCUUUAGGUAGUGAGCCUUGCAUUCUUACAGAGAUGAAUUUACUGUCACCUGUGAUCACCGUGUCAAUUCUUUGGUCUGUGUCACUACCCCACAGUAGUGUGCGGGCUGUCAGAGAUCAAGCGGACAGAAAACUCUAGGAACUUGGCCUACAUGACCAUGAUUGAUUGUUUUAUUACAUGUCAUUUCUCCCCACUUUGGAAGUGAUCCAUUCAUACAGCAGAGGUCCCCACUGCUCCAAAUACUCUAUGUGGUCUGAACAUUGCACAAUGAAUUAAGUGGGACAGAGUGUUUGACUCUUAGUCUUCUAGACUGCAGCUAGAAUGUCCAAAGAAUCCUGCACACCUAGAACCUCCAUGCAUGGGCUUCCUAUAAAUACAGGUAACUAACAAGUUUUUAAGAAUUACUUUCACCCUGAUUUUCCAUUCACUUAUGCAUCUGUUAACAACUUGCUAGUUGCUGCUCUUUACUGAAAUAGAAACCGAGGGUAGGUAAGAAGCUCAUGUGCAGACUUUGCUUUCCUUCUGUCUUUUGCAGCAGGUGUGAACAGCUCUAGAAGGUAUUCUCUCUUGCUACAGACCUCUGGCAUCAGGAUAAUUUUUUGUACAAGUAUUGCAGCUCUUGUGUAGGUCAAAGAAGUUAGGACUCCUUAGCCCUUGACAUCAGACAGUGUUCAAGGUAUUCUAUAGUCUCAAAAGCCAGGACCCCUCAGUCCUUACCACUGGCCAGGUUUAUAGCUCUUUGGACAGGGCUGAUGAGACCACUGGUUAUGAAGAUCGGAGAGCUCUGUUACUCCUUUGGUGACUAUCCCCUGUAUUUCUCUCCUCUGGCUUGUUACAGCUCCUUCUUCUGCUUUAGUCUCAGUUCUCUACCUUCUUUAACUGCACUUCUCCCUGCCUUCGUCACUUGACCUGUUCAGCUGUGUUUUUUGGCUGCCAAUGUAUCAGAUGGCUUGCCAUGCCCUCAGCUUGGCCUGCCUACUGCUCAGCUGUUGCCCUUAUUAUUCUCCCUUUAUUGUGACCAGUGUGGCUGCCUUACUGGAAACUGGUACAAAAUUGACCACCUGGGCAAUGAUGGCUUUUAUUGCAACACCAGGGAGGUAGCACAGUGUCUCCCAGUAACUGCUCAAAAGAGCUUGGACAACUUGUCACAGUCCUUGCCUCUAGCACCAGUCUCAGUAGGCCUUUGAGUAACUGCUCUGGCUCUGGCCAGGUAGAAAUGGCUGCAGGAUAACUGAAGUUCACUGAAGUCUCAGACAGGUAAAAGCUGCACUACCCACCAUUUCAACAGCCCUGGAUGAGCCCACAUUUUCAGGAGGUAGACCAAUCUUCCUGCAGCUUCCUCAAAAGAUUCCUGAAGACUCAAGGUGGCCAGUGUGUGCCUGUGGGUAGACUUGGCUGGCCAUGACUGACAGUCCUUUUGUUUAAGGCAGCUAGGGCAGCACAGGGAAGGCAAACAAGUGCCAAUCAGAUGGUCAGACUGUUCCAUCUCUUGUCACUUUUGCUUAUUUACAUAAAGAUGAAUGAACAUGAGCAGUGCUUGGAAUAAGAAUUUAAAGAGCUUACCAUUCAUCCCGACAGCGAUUUUUAACAGUGCUUAACCCCGUCUGUGCCCUAGAGAGGUGGAUGGGUGACCCGUCUCCAAGUGGGUCGUUGAAAUCUUUCCAGUAGCUGCAUGGUUAUUUCCAUGUGGUGCUGAAGUGUUCAUUCAACUUGCUUAUAACCGCCCCCCAAUCUGUUCUCUAUUGAGAUCCCUAAAACAGUGCUGAUUAUACAGUACAAAAUAAAUAUCUUAUAGUGUUGCUCUCUCCCCUUUCCUUACUGACAGGCUUUUCUCUUGAAAUAAAUCUUACCCAUCCCUUUCUUCCGUAAGUGUUUACUGGGGCCUUGCUAAGGGCCUGGUAUCCCUCCAGGCUCUGGGAGGGCUCCUGCUUUCUUCCUUGUUGCUGGGAUCCAGGACCAUCCUGCCCUACUUUUCUUUCCAUGGCCCACUUACUCCUAAAAAAAAUUUAACAAUCUUAAGAGUUGUUACAUUCCCUUAAUUAAAACCCAACUGAUGAGACCAAGCUUAAAACCUUAUAAAUCAGAAUGUCUUAAACAUAUACAGCCAGAAGAUCCUAUUUUAAUCAAGUGUAAUAUAACUGCUCCCAUAUGCUUUGGGUAUGUUAAGAACACAAGUCUUUCCUGUGUGCAUAUCUAAGUCUAUGGGAAGCACUGCUAUUGAUAGUUCUAAUUCUUUAUCUCUGAAAAACCUCAUUUUUGUCCUUUUCUAGAAGUGCAUUUAUUUGCCCCCAAAGAGGAUUAUCUUCUUCCCAGGUAAAUUAAAUUCACAGCCUCUGGCUGAUAGAUUCCUAGAAAAAGUUCCUGCUCUCAACUGUGGAUUGAAUCCAGGACCUUGUUCUAAUACUGAACUAUAGUGCCAGCUACCUUUCCACACCUCCUUUUUUUUCUUUUAAGACAACACUUCCCAGGAUAUUUCCAUACAGCCCCUCAUGCUCCAAUGUGACUUAAAUGAAAGCUGGUGUUUGUAGAUCAGUUCUACUUCUGACCAAGUUCAGUCACUACGUUAACAAGAUUCAGAUACAAGUUCUCCCAAGGCUCUUGAGGCAGGGUGUUAUGGUUUGUAUCUGUUUGGCCAAGGGUGUAGCACUAUUAGGUGUGGCCCUGUUGGAGUAGGUGCAUCACUGUGGGUGUGGGCUAUAGGACUCUUGCCAUAGCACCUGGAAGGUAAUAUUCUGCCAGCAGCCUGCAGGUGAAGAUGUAGAACUCCCAGCUCCUGUUGCACUGUACCCUUUUGUAGAGGGAUACACAGAACUUCAAAAACUAAAUCCUACACAUACCACAUUUACCUCUUUGCUAAAAUACCUAAUUGCUAUCUUUUAAGUUUGAAAUAGCUUAGUAAUUAAAGUAGCACAUGCAGUUUUGUCCAUAGGACAUGCAUGCGUGCGUGUGUGCGUAUGUGUGUGCAUUUGCCCUAGAAAUCAAGUCUAAGGCAUUAUACAUGCUAAGCAUUGUAGUUAUGCUCUUACAUAAGUUCUUCCUCUUAGUUCCAUGCUCCCAGAAAUAAGACUCAGACUCAAAAUAUAUUUACAAACACCUUGGACAUAUAGCUAGGCUCUACUCUGAACAGAUCAGGACAAAAAUAACCCAUUUACAUUCUGUCACAUGGCUCAUUACCUAUGCUAAGAUACCAUGUGUCCAUCUUGUCACGUCUCCCCAGUGAAUCACCCCACCUCCUUUCUCCUCCCAUGCCCAUCUUCUGUUUCCUGCCUAAGCCAUAGGUCAUUGGUUUUUGAAUUGACAGGUGAUUCAUCCAUACAAUCAAUACACAAGCUGUUCGUUCUACAGUCAGUCUAACAUCAAGAUGGCUCAGUGAGUAACAAAUCUGCUAAGCUAGCUGGAGGACCUGAGUUUGGAUUCCCUAGCUGUAAUGUAAGAAAGUUAGGUUCAACAGUGUGUGCUGAGAGUCAGUCCUGAGGGGGAGGAAUGAGGGAUGACAGAGGAGCCUGCUUCAAAAAAACUAGCCAACCCAUUUCUGCAUCUGCCCUUGGUGUGGGACUCAAAGGAAUGAAACCCAACCUUGGGGGUUGGUGUGUUGCAGUGUGUGUUUUGGGAGGACAACUUUCUCUGAGACGGUUUUCAUUGAAACGGCUCUUUUAUUGGGGAUAGCAAGAGCUAUAUUAACCUUGGGGGCUGGGUGGAGCUUUUCAGGGUGAGUGUAAUUAUUGGUUGGUAAUGCUUCAUUUGCAUGAAGAGAAAUUUCAGGUGCUUGCUGGACAUGCCCUUAUAGGGAGAGUGGAAGUUAAACCUGUAAUUUUGUCACCAGGCUACCUGUACUACUUCAAAGAUGGCAGAGGUAGGGGUUGCAGGGCUGACAUGCAUUGGGAUGCGUCCAGUAAGGGCCAGAGCAAGGAGGAAAACAGUCCUACUCCUGGUAGCCUUAAGAUGAGAUUUUCAGGGUUGGACAGGUCUCCAUCUUAACCCUGCUCCAGAACGGUUCCUCUAGUCACAAUGCUUUCUGGUCCCAUGGAGAGUGAUAAGGCAUGCAUAUUAACCUCUAGCCUUCACAUUCAGUGUACAGACAUAGGCACAGGAACCUACAUAUGCACAAUUUUCAGGAGCUCAUGGCUUUCCAGACUUCACGUACUUAAAGAUCAACAACUACCAAUUACAGUCAUGCUUUUGAUAUGCAAAUUAGCACACAGAGAAAUCUAUGCCUUUCUCACUAGAUCCUUUGUCUUUCCAGCAGGCCAGAAAUUUUCACAGCAUCCUAUAUUUGGAGGACAAAAGAGCUUCCACCUUUCCUGAGUUUUCUUUAUUGCCAAUGCUGGGAACAGCUUCUUAGACAUUGGCUAUGGCCAAUGGAAAACUCAUGCUAACAUCUACAUACUAGGCACAUACAGGUGAACGAGACAUGGAGAUCUAUGAGGAAAUGACACUGUGGCUCUUACUGCUUCCUGAAAUCAAAAUCAUGUGGAUAUUAACAGCUUAUGCUGUUCUGUUGGACAACAUCCCUAUUUAGGUUUUUAACAUAUUGACUACAACGCUUCUUUCUCUCCUUGUCUUUUAAUACUUAUGUGGCUCAAAAUCCUUAUGUUAAGGCUAUAUGUAUCCUUUUCCAAGACUGCUGUCAAUCAGCACUAUAUAAAAUUAUGUACAUAAACUGUUUUCAUAUAAAUGCAUUUGCUAGCUAUUGAUACAAUCAUUUAAUAUUGCCACAAAUAUAUUUAAUUAUACAAGGCACUACAUUUCUCAUAUAACUAAAUACCAUGUCAUGUCCAUAGAUUUGUCACAAAGCUAUCCUGAAAGGUGGACUGUCACCAGUGAGCAAACUGGGUCUAGUCUCCUCCAGGAACCACUAAAGCAGGGGGCUAUUCAUUGUGAAAUUCUCAGUGAUUUAUACUUCAUUCCACCAAUUCUCUCGUAACUGAAGGUAUCUAGAAAUAUAAAGAUUAAAAAUGUCAGCCAGGGCUCAGUGGGUAAAGUGUUCUGCCGAAACAUGAGGGCCUAAGUUUGAAUCCUCAGCACCUACAAAAAAAAAAAAAAAAAAAAAAAAAAAAAAAAAAAAAAAAAAAAAAAAAAAAGCUAGGUGUGGUGGACAUGUAAUCUUAGUGCUGAAAGAGACAGGAAGAUCCAAGGGGUUCAUUGGCCAGCCAGGCUAGCCAAACAACAAGCUUAAGGUUCAGCAAAAGGUCCUAUCUCAAAACAUGAGGUACACAACAAUAGAGAAGACCUAAAGCCAGCCUCCGGCUUCAACGUGCACACUCAUGCCCUGAUCCAAAAGUGUGAACCAUACAAGAAGGCAAGGAACCAACUGUGUCUCUGUUCACAAAACUGGGUUCCCUACCUUUCCUUACUAAUUUCCAUCUGCCUGGGGCCAGCCCAAUUCCUGGGAAAAGAUACCUAGUAUCUUUGAGUAGAUUUAAGAAAGAGAUAGUGGAGAAAAAUCACAGCUAUCCCCCUCCCCCAUCCCCAGCGCCUAAACCCCCAAGACCACCAUUUACAGUCAGUUUCUUUUCUUUUUAAAAAUUUGCCUUUACUCUUUGGAAGCAAUUGAGUUUUGAGAUAUAUUUUAAAUUGUUUCAUUUCCAAAACUUAAUUCAGCUACAACAUUCAGGGGCAAUCGACCCAUCUGAUAAUCAAUAAAUAACAUUUCAAUGUUGUUUUAAGAAAGGCAGCCCAGCACAAAACCAGUAUUGUCAGCAACCAGGACAACUCUCAUUUCCUGACAAACUAUUGUAAAUAUCUCUAGUUCUAAAAAGGAAAGCACCCACACACAAAAAAAUUGAAGCAUUUUGGAUAGUUUGGACAGCUCAUUUUCAAAACAAAGAAGUUCAUGUUCCCCAUACCUCCCAGCUAUCCACGUGGCAGAAGUUAGUGGAGGUGAACAACUCUAUGGUUCUCCUCAUGUUGUGUCUGUUGGGCAAAGUGGGUAUCUGGUGGGUCAUAGAAAGAUGGGGCCACACACUUCAUCAGCUGGCUGUGUGAUCUCAAAAGAGCCAUGCAACCCUCCUGAACACCUUUCCUUUGCUCACCUGUCCAAUUCAAUUAAAUAAAGGCUAUAUUUUUAAGACAUCCUUAACAGAAGAACGAAGAAUUAGACCAGUCACCUUAAGGCUCACUGCCCAAAGGCACUUCAACAUUAAUAAAAAAAAAAAAAAACAAACAAAACAAAAAACCUGAACAAAAUGAAUGAGCUCAUUCAGUAUCAUCACUAUGCGAUCUGUGUCGGUUAGGUAAAGACUAAAAGACCCAGGGGCCUUUGCUACAGGACUCUGUGCUCUGCAAACAGCUUAAGUGCACCUUAAAGUACAGAGGGAGUAACCACAUGACCUUGACCUGUGAGGGUGCAGGGAGGAACCUAGGGCUGUGUGAAGAGCAUUUCAAGUUACUACAGAAGGAUUAUUCCCACCAUUUCACCAGCACUGUUAAAACAAACGAGUGUUCCCCAGACGCAGGUCAUUUCUGUUCUGCUUCUUUUAAAAUUAUUUUUGUCUUGUUUCUGUACGUGUGGAGUUUUUUUUUCCCCCCCAAUGGCUGAUUUAAAAAUCGAUCUAAAAGAUAGCCUUACCGGUACAAGUACGAUUGUUAUUAUAUACAUAUUUAUUUGCCAACUCAAAACUCAUUUCCAGUUUCGAAUGUUCGAAUGCUAAAGAGCUGACCAAAACAGGCAGGAAUAAUCGACUUCGACGUCGGUAGAAAUAUAUUCUACUAAAGUUACGUGGGACAGGCACUUUCUACAGCGUGCGGAGAGGGCUCUAAGCUCCUAACAUAAAAAAUGGAAAGGUGGUUACUGAGCUUCCAAGAAAUGAUGUGUGAGGCACUCUCACCUCCAACCCGGCUCUUCCCAUAGACAGGGAGAGGAGCUGCGAACUCACGUGAGACUGCGCACCCGGCUUACCUGUGCCAACUACACCUAGGCACCCCGAUGUGCAACCCUGGAAAGAAACAACCCUGGAAAAGCUAGUGUGAAAAACGGUGCACUAUCCUGCCCGCUUGCAGCUGUACCCCUACGUUGGGGGAUCCAGGACAGUCCGGAUCCUGACACGGACGUCCCAGGAUCACAACGUCCUGACCCAGGAGUGGCUCAAAACAGCGCGGAGAACGCCGGGACGACAGGCCAGCAUCCCUGACAGCCCCGAGCAUGCGCACUGUGCCUUGCGUGCCGAGGGCGGUUCCCCACGGCGGACGUCGCUACGUAGGCGUAGGAUCCCCGUGGGGAGGAGGGCGAAGACUCCAUCCGCCAUGUUGGAUGCCGCAGAUUCGCCAUAACCUCUCCGGCUCUUUCCCUAAAAAAAUAAAAAUAAAGAGCGAAGUUUCCUCAGGGUGUCCGACCUUCUCGCUCGGCACGGGAGGGAGCCAGGAAGAGCCCGAGGCUUUUUUUUCCUCCGUCGUGGGGGCGUUGCCAUGGAGACGCGGGCGGCAGAAAACACAGCCAUCUUCAUGUGUAAAUGCUGUAAUCUUUUCUCGCCAAAUCAGUCAGAACUCGUGACCCACGUUUCUGAGAAGCAUGGGGAAGAAGGGGUCAAUGUGGAUGAUGUCAUCAUUCCCCUCAGGCCUCUGAAUACUCCAGAAAACCCCAACCCAAGCAAGGGUGGAGAUGAGUUUUUGGUUAUGAAGAGAAAGAGAGGCAGGCCUAAGGGUUCCACAAAGAAGCCCAGCACUGAAGAGGAAGUAGUAGAAAACCUCGUGAGCCCCAUUGAGGAUGGUCCCCUGGCUCCAGAAGAAGGGAGCAGACUGGCCCCUAGCAGCUUGGAGUGUAGCAAGUGCUGCCGGAAGUUUUCCAACACGCGCCAGCUGCGAAAGCACAUCUGCAUCAUUGUGCUGAACCUGGGUGAAGAGGGAGAUGCAGGUAACGAGUCAGACCUUGAUCUAGAAAAGACAUACAAAGAAGAUGAUCGAGAAAAAACUUCAAAAAGACCCCGGGCUCAGAAAACAGAGAAAGUCCAGAAGAUCUCAGGAAAAGAGGCAGGGCAGCUUUCUGGAGCGAAGAAACCUAUCAUCAGCGUGGUCUUAACUGCUCAUGAAGCAAUUCCAGGUGCUACCAAGAUUAUUCCAGUGGAGGCUGGGCCCCCUGAAACAGGAGCACCCCCUCCCGAGACCACUGCAGCAGACCUGGUGCCACGGAGAGGGUACCAAGAAUACGCCAUUCAGCAGACCCCAUAUGAGCAGCCCAUGAAGUCAAGCAGGUUAGGUCCCACCCAGUUGAAGAUCUUCACUUGUGAAUACUGCAACAAGGUGUUCAAGUUCAAGCACUCACUGCAGGCCCACUUGAGGAUCCACACUAAUGAGAAGCCAUACAAGUGCUCCCAGUGCAGCUAUGCCAGCGCCAUCAAGGCUAACCUCAAUGUUCACUUGCGCAAGCACACUGGAGAGAAGUUUGCCUGUGACUAUUGCUCCUUCACCUGCCUCAGCAAAGGCCACCUCAAGGUACACAUUGAGCGAGUACACAAGAAAAUCAAACAGCAUUGCCGCUUCUGCAAGAAGAAAUACUCAGAUGUCAAGAACCUCAUCAAGCACAUCCGGGACAUGCAUGACCCACAGGACAAGAAGGUCAAGGAGGCCUUAGAUGAGCUACGCCUAAUGACGAGGGAAGGCAAGCGGCAGCUGCUUUAUGACUGUCAUAUCUGUGAGCGCAAGUUCAAGAAUGAGUUAGACCGAGACCGCCACAUGCUGGUUCAUGGUGACAAGUGGCCCUUUGCUUGUGAGCUCUGUGGCCAUGGGGCCACUAAAUACCAGGCCUUGGAACUGCAUGUCAGGAAGCAUCCCUUUGUGUAUGUCUGUGCUAUAUGUCUCAAGAAAUUUGUCAGCUCAAUCAGGCUGCGCUCCCAUAUCCGAGAGGUGCAUGGGGCGGCCCAGGAGACCUUGGUUUUUACUAGCUCCAUCAACCAGAGUUUCUGCCUCCUGGAGCCUGGUGGGGAUAUCCAGCAGGAAGCCUUGGGAAACCAGCUACCACUGGCAGCUGAGGAAUUUGUGUGUCCAGAAAUUGAUGUACGUAAGGGGGAGGUUUGUCCUGGGGAAGCUCAGCCUGAGGUGGGGCUGAGGGAGUUGGAGGCCCCUGGAGAAGCAUGUGCCCCAGCCGUGCCCUUGGCCAACCCCCAGAGUGUCAGUGUUUCCCUGUCCCCCUGCAAACUGGAAACCACUGUGGUCAAUUCCGACCUCAACUCUCUUGGAGUGGUUUCAGAUGAUUUUUUACUGAAAACUGAUACCUCUUCUGCUGAGCCUCAUGCUGCUGCUGAGCUAACCUCGGACACACAGCAUCGAGGCUCAGCCCAGACUCAGGGUGAAGAAGUCACACUGCUGCUGGCCAAGGCCAAAAGUACUGGACCAGACUCAGAGAGUCCUCCAAGUGGAGGGCAGAAUGUGGGUGCUCUGCCAGCCAGUGAAUCUGACUCUAACAGGUGUCUCAGGGCAAACCCAGCAGAGACCUCAGACCUCCUUCCUACAGUGGCUGAUGGAGGAGACCUCGGUGUGUGCCAGCCUGACUCUUGCACGUCGUCCUCUGAGCACCACCCUGGCAGCACAGCAUUCAUGAAGGUCCUAGACAGUCUCCAGAAGAAGCAGAUGAACACCAGUCUUUGCGAGCGGAUCCGGAAGGUUUAUGGAGACCUGGAGUGUGAAUACUGUGGCAAACUUUUUUGGUACCAAGUGCAUUUUGACAUGCAUGUCCGCACCCACACCCGGGAACAUCUGUAUUAUUGCUCCCAGUGUCACUACUCUUCCAUCACCAAAAACUGCCUUAAACGCCAUGUAAUUCAGAAACACAGUAACAUCUUGCUGAAGUGUCCCACUGACGGCUGUGACUACUCGACUCCAGAUAAAUAUAAGCUACAGGCCCACCUUAAAGUUCACACAGAGCUGGACAAAAGGAGUUAUUCUUGUCCUGUAUGUGAAAAAUCUUUUUCAGAAGACCGAUUGAUAAAGUCACAUAUCAAGACUAAUCAUCCAGAGGUCUCCAUGAAUACCAUUUCUGAGGUUCUUGGGAGAAGAGUCCAGCUCAAAGGGCUAAUUGGAAAGCGAGCCAUGAAGUGUCCGUAUUGCGAUUUCUAUUUCAUGAAGAAUGGCUCAGACCUUCAGCGGCACAUCUGGGCUCACGAGGGUGUGAAGCCCUUCAAAUGUUCUUUGUGUGAGUAUGCAACUCGUAGCAAGAGCAACCUCAAAGCUCAUAUGAAUCGUCACAGCACUGAGAAGACUCACCUCUGUGACAUGUGUGGCAAGAAAUUCAAAUCCAAAGGGACAUUAAAGAGUCAUAAGCUCCUUCACACAUCUGAUGGGAAGCAAUUCAAGUGCACGGUGUGUGACUACACAGCUGCCCAGAAACCACAGCUGCUGCGACACAUGGAGCAGCAUGCCUCCUUCAAGCCCUUUAGCUGUCAUAUGUGGAGUUUACUUUGUGCUCCCUCUUUCCAUAAUCAUGGAGUUUCUCUGUGUUUUGGAAACCAAGUCAAGGAAGAGUGUUCAAGAGGAUGCAGACAGAAAAGAAGGCAUGCACUUCCCACUCAAAGCUUGAGUCUGGGCUUUGGUCAGAGACUAUUUUCUGGCCUGGAGAAUUUCCUUGAGCAUACUCAUGAUGCUCAUGUUCCUGACUGAGUUGGGUUUUCUGUUUAUCUUUGAUGAUGCCUUCAUUUGUACGCAGUAUUCUGAAGGCAGAGGCAGGAGGAGCAAGCACCGUCAGGUGAAGGCUAGCCUGAUUUAUACACUGAUCUACAUGCUGAUCUGUGUACAGACUGAGCCACAGAUUGAAUCUCUGGGGGGACAUCAUGACAAGAUACUUUUUCUUUGCUCUCUGUCCGUCACUGGUUUGAACCAGUCUGUAAUGGGUCUUUUUCUUCAGGCUGACUCAUGUCUUUUCUGCCCUAUUUUGUUUUUGUCUUAUGAACACUGGGAAUCAGGGUACCCUUUGUGUGUACCAGACUUGCAGGUGGUGAAUCCUUGGUCUGUAGGUGGUGUCUUUCAUCAGCUGGACGGUCCUCAGCCAUUGUCUCCUGUACUAUUCACCUCAUUACUUUCUUGCAUGUCCCUUUCCUAAGAAAGGCAGUAAGAUCCCCUUACUCGUCAGAUCUCUCACCUCCUUCUCUUUCUCUCUGUCUACUUCUAUCUCUUUGUGUUUCAGUUAUUUUUCUUGGCCUUUCUUCAAGCUCAUUAGGUUUUACCUGCCAUUCGGAAGAUGAUCAAAUCAAGGGUUUUAAUGGUUACAACUUCCUAGCAUUUUCAUUUGGUUCAAUUGGCUUUAUUUUUUGCCCAGUUUUUCCAUCUGUCCCAGCAAGUUCUCUCUGUCUUCCCAGAGCCUUUCACACAUACUUAUUUUCACAUUUCAUUCUGGCAGCAUCAACAUAUGGAAUCUAUAUAUCAAUCUCACCCCCAUUUUGAGGUUACAUUGCCUUGCUUCUCUCUACAUAUAUCAGAAUAUUUAAUAGAUCAAAUACUAUGUUUCAAUAAAUAAUAAAGUCUGUGGUAAAUGUUGUUUGAUAUCAGAAUCGUAAGUGAUUUCGAUGUGGAGUAUUGGGUAGAAGAGACAAUGAAGCAAUCCCAGCUGCUCUCAGGAGAGCUGGCUUAAUGGUUGGUGUAUGAGAACUUGACUUCAUGAGUUCCUGACAACCUGGCUGGUAAGAACUUGCUCUGCCUUCCCUGUACAAGAGAGAUGACUUAUCUUGGAGAAGUGUCUUCCUUCCUGGAGCUUGGGUACAUGUUAGGAAGAACAUGCCCAUGUCAGCAGUACCCAUCCCAAAAUGUGCAGGUGCUGAAUCUCUGAAAAAUCUCUGAUUGGCAUCAGUAUAUUUGUUUAAAGGAGUAUGACUAUGUUCCCUAUGACCAUAUUGGAAGAAAAUUCUUACAUGUUUGCUCCUGGUUUCUCUUGACUUUGCUGCAUGUUUAUCUUAUCUUGUCUGACAUUGCUCUGUCCUCUUUUUCAAUAAUUGGUUUUAUGAUGAGUCUUCUGGGGCCUCCCAGUGAGUCUGUAAACUUGCAUUCAUUUCUUAGGGCCCUCCAACUCAGAGAGCAGUGAUUCUAGUAUGUAGUCCAGCUGGGUCCAGAGCAGUUCCUCUGUCUGCAGAUAUUCUGGGAACACAGUCAGGACUUUGCUUCCUGUAAGGUUAAGCUUCUGAACCCCAACACUCCUGGGCAUUACCAAGCUGCUGGAUCUCUAACCAUGAAGCUGUCACCUUCCAGGUCUUCCCUGAUGCCUUCCUAGAGUGACUGCCCAUUUCAUGUUCACGUUGGCCCUGUCCUAUCCAUGCCAGACCCAGAGGAACUCUCACCUGAUGUCAGGAGAGAGGAGAGUGAUUGAGGAAAUAGCCAGCUGCAGACAGAUGUGACAGAUUGAAGGUUACCCACCGAGUACUCGGGCAGCAUUUUUGUUACAGUUUUAUCUACACAGACUUACUCACACUAGGACAGGGAAGACCCUGAUUCGUGUCCUUUCACAAGCACCCGUGGGAGAAGCACCAGUGUGCAACUGGAAGAAAGCCCUGUGUCUUAGAGCAAGGCCUGUGCUCAUGUGCGUCCAUACUGCCUUGGAAUCCAGCUCAGUCAUGUACUGGGUGAUCUUGGGCAAGUCCUGUUACCUGUUGCUUAGGAAGAGAAGCAGUAUAUGGGCUACCUCUGUACAGAACAACAUUAGCAAGAAACUAAGUGACAAGGACUUGCCACACAAUUCUCAGAUGUUUGUAUCUGUUUUUUCUCUGCCUUCUUCCUGGUCGCAGUAAACUUGCCUUGACUGUGCAUAUACUCUGUCCAUCAUGGUCCCAUUACUCAACAUUCUUAGUAUCUGAGACAGGCUCCAACUGUUCUUAGAGUCAUAGUCACAUGUCCUCUUGGUUUGACAAUUUCCUCAAUGGUGGCUCUAACACAUAUACAUGCCCUGGGCAGAGAGAACCGUUCAUCAGGUGCAUGGUCCAUUUACAAUGCUUGUGAACAUCUAGGCGUGUGCUCCUCAUCAGCCCCACCCCUUCCCACUGGACCUAUUGUCCGUGCUUUCCAGUUCUGCUUCCUGGCAAAGACCAGGCUCUGUACUUCCCCAGCAUUCUCUCCCCGUCGAUGCUGUCCACCAGUGCUUUUCAUCACACUGAGACAUGUCACGAGGGCUCAGUUUAGCUCUAUCCUCUAUAGAGUUUCAAGGUCACCAAGAAUCUCCUGGCCUCUAGAGAAUAAGUGUUUUUUUAAAAAAUGGUCUGUGAGUUGUGCAAGUCUGCAAAGAAAAAUUCAUUCUAAAGUCAGCAGUUUUGAAAUAUGUACCUUUUGGAAACUGUUCAGGGUGGCUGAAUGCUGACCCAUCUUUAUUUAGCUUCCUCUGUUUCUGACACUGUGUGACCUUCUUGGCCAUUGGCCCUUCCGUUUUUGUGGUCAGAAAGCCCUUAGAUAUAGCUGAGGUUAGGAAUUGACCCUUCACCUUGACAACACACUGUCAAAUUUAUAUUUGAUGUGUUUGAAUGCAGUUGAAAACUUGACAAUCAAUGCCACAAAGCCCAAGGAAUCUAUUGCUUUAUUGCAGUUGAAAAUUUGCAUAGCCACAGCAUUGUCACAAAACUGAUGACAAGAAGACCUUAAUCUCUAAUCUCAUUACCACUGAUAAACUUCUAACUGUUCCCUGUGGAGUACCUCAUACCACUGCUCAACAGUAAGAACUUUCAGGGGCAAAGUAAAGGCAACGAAGUCUUUUCUGGGUCUUUUGAUGCAAUGUACAUGAGAUGAUCUGGGAACCAGACCCUUCUCUGUCAGGCAGUGUGCCAGAUGCACAGGCUUCUGGGCUGAGCCCAGGCCCCUGUUUGCCAGGUUCAUAGGCUUUUGCAGAGCCAAAAGUGCAAGAAAAAUAAUAGCUGUUGUAUGGUGUAUUAGGUGAAAGUUAUGUCCUAGGUCUGUGGGAACUCAGAAGACCAGCACAACCAUCAUUCCAAUUAUAGUUUUUAAUUCUUAUUUCAGUCAAGUUAAGAUUAUAGUACCCUAAUGCUUAAAACCCAUAUUUUUAGAAACCUGCAACAGAAAGAUUCUCCAUUGAUUGAUUACCACAAGUCAAAGGGAAUUCAAGCAGCACUCAGAGAAGGAACAUAUAAAAGGGUUCAGUGUCCACAAAUCCAUCAGUGUACUGAGGUGUAUUGUAGGUUUACAUGUGGGGAAAAUUGAGGUGUAUGUGAUUUGCAUAGCUGAGAAAUCCUGGUCGAGCUGUGGUACCUUGUCUCUGGAUGUUCUGAAUGUGCUCAGAGAUUGCCUGAGAGGCCAGAGUGCCUGUCCAGAGAGGGCUGCUCUGCUCCGUGGUGUGACUUCAUCCUUAUGGAGAGACCCUCCUAUUUGGCAAAGUGUUGGCCCUAGAAAGGUUUUCUUGCCUAGGAAUCUAAGGCAAGAAAAUAAUUUCAUAAUAGUGGCUUACCUGUCAUCAUCCAAACUGAAAGAGACAGGAACAAUGGCAGAAAUGCUAGACUUUCAUCCUGCAUGUACAGUUACCUCGUAGGUCCAAGUUGUAGAGUUUUAACAAAAGCAGUUUUUAAGCGCCUGAAUUUUCAUAGUGAAAUAAAUUCUAAAGGCCUUUGCGAUGUGAAUACAGCAAGCUAUAGUGAGCUAUGUAUGUAGAAGGCAAGGGGCAUCUGAACACAUGAGAAUACAUAUGCAACAUUGGACAAAGAUAGUGUGCAGGAUGAAAUCAGCCAAGGAGAUUCCUGUUUAAAUAAUUUACUCCUUAUUUUCCUUCUAACCCUUGUAAGGAAGGGAGUAGAAGUAAAGAGAUAAUCUUGAGUAAAUAGAAUAGAAGACAAAAAUUUGCAAGCAGUUCAAAUUACAAGUGCCCGUGAGUGAUCUCACUCAGUUGUCUGGUGUUGCUGUAGAAAUUGUUUUAUAUGCACACUUUAAUUUGCCCUGAAAACCCUUCAAGGCAAGUAUUAUAUCUCCAUUUUAUGGAUUGUAAGGUUAAGGCUCAGAAUCCGAUGAAGGGACAUGAGUUACGAGUAUGCGGCACAGGAUGCUGACUGAGUUAGUAGCUGGAACACUUAACAGGUUCAGUGGAAACCACAGAAUUCAGGGGCAGCAGGUGAGGACUAUAUGUGAAGUUUCUGUGGCAGUAUCUGAGCUUGAAGGGCAGUAAGGUCUCUGAUACUGCACUCUUUUCUCUGUUUCCUAUGAGUGUGGAGAUGUGUGUGGGAGGAAGAAAGGACAUGUGUACUGGGUGGAGCCUGUGCUAAACCUUUCCUGUUCAGUUCUGUUGUACCUUAGAGUUUUAAACAUCUCUGGAAAAUAUGGAAACUGGAUAGGUUUAAAUUAAUGUCCUAUCUAUCUAUGAGUAUGCAGUAUAUUUUCUGGAAAUAUUGCAUUUUUGACAUCACAAGUGAUUACAAUAUUAAUAAUAAUAACAACAAGAAAAUAAAAUCAAUAACCAGUUAACAUUAAAGAAUCUUCUAAGCUCUUGCACCAAAAUGCAAUUAGUGUUGAUUGAUUUACUGUUAUUUAUUGUGAUGAGUUAAUUGCCUCAAAGCAAGCUGGCUUUGAACUUGUGGUACCCCACAUCUUUACAAUAUUUAUUCUUUUAAAUUGUUUAAUUUCUCUCUGGCCUUAUUUGAAAACUGAGCUAGCUUUGUGCUUAUUAUCUGGUAUGAAGGUCUGACUCCUGCUCUUUGGAUAGUGACCCUGGGAGUGGUUUUGUUCCUGCCACAUUUGAUCCACAGUGGAACUGAGUACCAGCUUUGGAUGAUGGGAAUUCUUAAAAGAGACAAAAGCGUUAGCAAAACUUUUAACCCUUGACUCGGUAAUCUUGUCUUUGAGACUCCCAGCACAACACAAAGCUUCUCCCAUGCAAAAUCUGCCUGUGUUGCAGGGAGUGAAUAGAAUUUUCAUUGACACCCAUAUCCAGUAAGCCUCUGAGCUACUUAGAUGUCUUUGUAUAUAGUUCUCUUAUCUUUGGUACAAAUAUUUCUGAGAGUCAGGAACAUGAGUCCAGGAAAGCUUCCACCCUUCCCUGUGCUUCUCUGUGAGUCACAUGGCUUUCAUAUCCAGUUGCUUCUGUACUCCUGCUGUUCUUUUCUUGUUUGUUCCUCCAGAACUGCAUACUUAUCAGUAUGUGCUUUGCCGAGUCAACCCUGUCGUUUGGCAGUACUUACCAAGGAGGCAUGGAUUCCACCCGAGACUGAAAAUGCUGCCAGCUUCCAGCCCCUCCUCUCCACUCCUCUAGGUGACCCAGUACAGCCAUGUCACCCUGUCCUUUGCCCCACGCUCAGCUUACACCUGCUCCUCACUUUUUCUCUGCUUUACUUCCAGGUGGCCACGGUGGUCUCAUCUCUUCCAGGUCUCAAGCAUCGUUCUUGGUUUUUCUAGGUUUAUUUCUGGCAAAUGCUAUGUGUUUUGUUUUGAUGCAGGAAGUAACUUCUGUGAGGCUUUGGUUUUACUUUUUGUUCUAUUUCUGAUGCUUGGGCAGCACUUUCUAAGUUGUGCACAAGCACACAGUCUGUAGAUCUUUUAUAUUUUUUUACACAGGGACUCACUUAGCCCUGGUUGGCCUCAAAUUUGAUAUGUAGAUGAGGGUGAUCUUGAACUCCUACUCCUCCUGCGUCCAUCAUCCGAGUACUGGGAUUAUAGGUGCUGGGCACCAUGUCUAGUUUAUGUGGUGCUAGGAAUGGAACCCAGGGUUCUUUGCAUGAUAAGCAAGCACUCUGCCAGAUGAGCUACAUUCCUGACUCUAGUCUGUCAGUCUGUAUGGUGGUAUAACUUCUAGGUUGAAGAAGGCAUUCUAAGCUGCCUCAAGAGCUCAGUACCACAAAGGUUCAGAAUACCUCAGACCUUCUAUUAUGGUUCAUUCUCAUAUGGAGCCUCGAGACCUAAGUCCUUCCUUCUCAAAGUAGUGAGAACAUUGAGAUUAAAUGGGAUGAAGCAAGUGGGAGUGCUUGGGAAGUGAGAUGUCGUGUCAUUACCUUGCUCCUAGCUUCAGUGAGUCAGGCCCUGGUUAGUGCCAAGCCUCAGAGCAGUUGCGCAGCCAGUGGACAAGGGCUUGUCUUUCUUUCAGCAAAGAGGAAGGUAAAUAUAUGUAAGUGUAUUGUUUUCUUUUGUUGGCCCCUGUAUACCUUGUUUUACCGUUGUUAAGGAAUAUCAACCCCAAGGUUCCUGUGGAAGGCACAUGGCUGACCCAUUCUGGUGUAUCCUUAGGAAAUGCAGGGAAACAGGGUUAAUAUGGGUCUUCAUGUUGUGGCAGUGUUAAUCCUGUGUGGUCCGCAGUUUCCAGUCAGCAGGAGCACACUGGUGGUUCAUAGGCAUUCCAGACAGGGUCUACACAAAGCCACAUCACCACAGUGGGGCUAGGGAGAAAAGGGAAAGAAAUGGCUGAUUGUGCCACCACCAGUUUUCUAGAUGUUAGAAGUGCCAUUGUCAAAUGACAAGACCAUGUUGAUUCUGUAAUUUGAAACCCAGAGUCAUCUGUAAAAUGAAAAGUUCAGUGUAGUGGGAAAGUUGCACAUGUUGCCCAGCUGAUGCAGCAGCAGGAGCGAUUGUAGCUGAAGUCACACUUACUUGCAGUGGCCCUGACUGAUCUGUGCAUCAGCUCCCCAGGAGGAUGGUACCUGACCUUUGGAGUCUGACUCAAAGCCUGGUUUCAUUUGGGAACCCUCUGCACCAGCCCCCACCUCCCAGGUCUCAUCUGCAGAAUGUGUUUUAUUUUUUCACCAUAGAUGACAAUCAGGCAGGACAGGUUUAGUGGCCACUCUACUACUCUCUUCUCCUCUCUUAUCAUCAGCAGAUGGGAGUCCCCUUCAUCUUCUCCUCUUCUGUCACUGCAAACAGAAGUAGUAAGGUACUCAAGCGGCAAGCGCAGAUGUUCAGAUGAAAGGAAUACCGUGUGUUCUGUUGUUUUAGAUGAGGCCUUUUGCAUCCAGGGUGCCUCUGAGCCACUGGUGAGAGUUAGUUGAUAAAGUGUCUAUAUAGCUUCUUUGUUUAUAUCACCACUACUCCAGUCAACAAAAUGAGCAAACUUGCCUAAGGUUGCCCAGCUGUUAAAAGGCAGAACCCAGAUUGAGUCCAGGGAUCUGUGACACCAGAAACUGCUGACAGUCAAAGGUGGUGAGAAGUAGCCAAGGUUACAAACCUCUUCUGAACAAAUUGUUGGGAACACAUUCUAGCAGCAUCAGCCCUGGACCAUGUUCAAAAAAUGCAAUCCAGGGACACCUCAACCUGAAAGGGCUGUCAGCUUACACCCUCUUUCCUAGGAUCUGAUUGGAUGGAAUUAUCUCAUAUGCCUAAAUAGUAACUGACUUAGGUCUGGGAGAGAGAUGAACGCUGAGUUCAAAGUUCUCAGGCAUGCGGGAGCUGCCUCUUCUAACCUAGCUGCAUCUUUGCAGGCCACCUUAAUGCAAGCUUGCAUUUUAGGAGAUUGAUGGCUACUUCCGACAUUAAUGAAUCAGACUACAUUCUUCUCCAAGUGCUGGUGUAAAUCUUUUGGGUGUUUCAUUUGAAUCCGAAGCCCUGGGGAGUGCUUGCAUAAUCCAAGGCUGCUGGAGCAUGAGGGAGCUUGAGGGUGGUUGGGUCAGAUCCGUAGUUAGUGGCCACUCCAGGCCUGUGCCCCUGCUGAAGGCCCCCCUUUGUACCCCAUGGUCUGGUGCUGAUGAAGCACAUGUACAAUAGCAAGGCAAUUUUGUGGCACAAAUUAAAGAAAAGACAUUUAGAAGUUUCCUUUCAUGGCCAAGUAGAGACCUUGUUAUUAGUAAUAGAGGCGACCACUCAUGCUCUCUGUAUUCUGUGGGUUCUCCAUCAAACCUUGCCCAGGGGGAUCGUGUCACUGAGUUCCCCAUUAGUCAGCCAGUUCUUUUCUCUAUUCUUCCCUUCACUUACUGUGAAAUUAAGUAUAUAUACAGAAUAUCAACUAUUAUAUGAACUAUGUAAUAAAGAUUGUCAAUUAACAGUCAUGCUGUCACUGUCCAGAACCGGAUCAUUUCCUUAUUAGAUUAGAUUACCUGAAGGAGGGGGGGCACUUCCUAGGCUUUUGCUUCCUCUAUUCCAAGAUUACUGCCUGCUUUUUAUUUUCACUCUGUAGUUUUACCAUUUACACUUGUGUGUCCAGAGAAAUUAACCUAGUAUGUAACAUCUUAAUUAUACAUAUAAUGGCUAUGCCUUAUUUAUUUUUUAAGAUUUUCAUAUAUUGUAUACUGAGUCUGAUUCCUCCCUACUCUCUCCCUCCAGUUAUUUUUCUCCAUUACCUUAGAUGCUUUCAGUUCGGUCCUCAUGUUGCACGUAUGUCUAGGACACUUGAAAUGGUUGUGUUGAGCUUUGCUUCUGCAACAUACAGAUGAGACAGAACAGGGGUUUUUCUUGCCCCUGUUCUAAUCCACUCAUUCUUUGCAGUAGCCAAGUCUACUGGCUGCCGAGUCCAGCCUGACCACUAGGGAAGCAUAGAUGAUUAUGCCCUGAUGUGGAAUCCAGAGAGGAACUGCAGGCCAUGGGGGUGGGUUGACAUGCUGGUCAGUUUUCCAGUGAGAAGGAACUGGUUCUUCUGAGAGAAGUUGGGGAGUUCUUACAAUGCACGUGGGUGUAUGUCAUAUGGGAAGACCAUGAGCAUGUGUGUUGCAUGUGUCUACUAUCAAGCACAAGGCAGCACAUGUACUGUAAGUAACUUAUGGAUGAAAAGAUGUUGUUAGAAUCAUCAGUUUUGGUUCAAAUCUGUGAUGUGUGACUCACAGCAUAAUUGAAGGCCUUCACACCAGCAGGAAUUGUCUUCAGUAGGGAUGGGAAAUGUUUUCAGAGGAUGUGGUUCUGUGAAUCAUGCUUUGUGGAUAUGAUGUGAUGCUUUGCCAGGAAUCAGUGUGUCAGCACUGAACUCAUUUUGAACUUCUUUAUUCACAUGGCUGUAGCUGACUGUCACUAAGGUAUGGCAUAUAUCACUAAGAUAUCACAUCCUUUUUUUCCUUGUCAUAUGGUAUUAGAAUUGAUUGAUUGAUUGAUUGAUUAACGAUACUAUGGAGGAAAAAGGCAACAGUGUGGCCUUAGGAACUCCAGCAGAAAGAAGUGAGGUCAGAAGGGCAGAGAUUCCUACAAAGAGGAGCAUGAGGCACCCUCAAAGGGACAGUUAUAUCUGCCCAUCUCCUUGAAGUUGCCCUAAAGUUUUAGACAGUAGAGCAGGAUGAAAUGGGCUUUCUUUAGAGAAAAAGGAACAGCCAGAGGAUGUGAGUAGAGCUGUAGGGUGAUUCAGUGUGGAGCGAGCUAUUAAGCAUUGUCUUAUAUCUCAUAUACACCUAACAGUCACAGAAGAUUUCUUAAGCUCAUGUGGGGCUUCGUACAUGCCUUUCCCACCAAGUGCAGUAACUGCCUUAUCACAGAGACUCUGAGAAGAUCAUCUGGACUAUGCCUGUCUUAUUCCCUGCAAACUUCAGCCGUCAGGAGGAAGUGGGGGAAUUGUAAAGUGAAAGGUGGGUAAGAAGCAGUCAGGAGUGUGGUCCAGGAAAUGGUACAUGAAGAUUAGGGCAGAGUGACAAUAAGAAAGGAUGUGCUAUGACUGCAUCUGGCCAUUGUGGAUGACUGUGGAGAGCAGUGAGGCCUGAGCCAUGGACAGACAUGGAGCAGACAAGCCUAAGGGGAAGGUGCUGUUCCUUGCACUGUGCAGUGGGGAACAAGACCAAGGCAUACAUGGUCUACUUUCAUGUAUGAAAAGAUUGCUCACAGAAGUUCAGUGCAGAAGAAGGACUCUGGACAAUAGGGUAGGCUGCACUAUCAGUCCAGGUGAGGGUGGGACUCAGUCAGGCUCUCUCUCACCUGGCCCUCACUGCCUGCCUAAACUCUCCUUCCCCUCUGAAUGCUCUGAAGCAUUUACUUAACAUAAUGUUUACAUAUUUCUGAUUACUUAAAAAUGCAUUCAGUUGUAGGAAACACGGCUUAUGAAGAAAAGACUUGAAGUGACUAUAACCCCAGACAGUGAAAGUCACAAAAUAGAGUCAUUGCAUUGUUAACCUUAUUAACCUUUGGGUAUACUGUCUCCCUUUUUGCUCCUGUACCUACAAAAAUCCUGGGGGACUGACUUAUCACCAGAGUGCAGAUGUAGCCAGGAGGGAAUGCUCCUGUGUCACUAGUACAGCCAGCAUUGUCUCUGCUUUCCUUGGGUACUGUCCUAGGUGCUGUCAAGUCAGUACACUCUAGCCAAAGGGGACUCUGCUCUUUAGAGUACAUGUUCUCAAGGGAGAGUCAGACAUAAGCAGAAUGAAUACAAUGCUAAUUGUGUGUCAUAGUACAAGACAGUGAAAGUCACAAAAUAGAGUCAUUGCAUUGUUGCAAAAUAUAAGAGGGUGAUCUCUGAGCUCAUGAUGCAAGACUCUGAAGAAGUGUGUGUAGAGACCCUCCUAGGGUCCAAGGAGGACAUCUGAGUUGCUGUGAUAUUUACUUGCUAUCACACAGGAUGGAAGUCUUGUGGUAGUGGUGCAUACCUUUAAUGCCAGCACUUGGAAAGCUGAGGCAAGUGGAUCUCUGAGUUUGAGGCCAGCCUAGUCUACAAAUAGAGAUCCAGGACAGUCAGAGAAAUGCAGUUUCAACAAACAAACAAACAAGCAAACAAAAAACAAAACAAAACAAAAACCAGAAAAACCCCAACAACAACAGAACAAGAAGGAGGAAGAGCAUAGAGCCAUGGAUUCUGGCAGUGGUGAUGUGGAUACUUGAACAUUUAGCGUUACUGUCAGAGAAAUGGUCUCCCUGACCCCUUAUAAUAACUGUUCUGAUAGUACUUUCUAACUUUCAUACUCCAAGGAGGGAACUAACACAUCAGGGGGUGGGGGAAAAUGUUUAAUGGCUCAUAGGUGACGAUGGCAACCUUUUACCCGACCCAUUGCACUAAGAAGACCUAGGGACACAGAAGGUCAGGUAUGCCCCAGUCCUGCCAUCAGAUCUUGUGUGCCAUUAGUGCUCACUUAGUGCUGGCCAGGGUCCUGCUGAAUGUUUAGCAAAGAGUUUAGGAUUCUUGAUCAGGAUGUACCAUCCCCAUUCUAGUUUCCUCCCUAUUGAGAAAUCGUCUGUGGCCAAUUUGUUUCCUCUUCUGUGCCUACUGCUGCCUUCUCUGCUCCCAUCACAGUCUCUGCUCCCAUCACUGUCUCUGCAGUGCUUCUGUCUUGACAGUUUUGGGCUUGACACUUCUGAUUGGAUAUAGGGAACUGAAGAAACCAGUAGGACUUUAUGGAUUGUUCUGUUCCAAAUCUUUCUAGGACAGGUAAAAAUGUCGUUAUCUUCUUGACAUUUCAGGUUUUUCUGAUGUAGCAAAGAUGUGGUUCUGUUCUAUUUGUGCAAAAGCUGUGAAAACCGUUUUCCUGUUGCUGCUGUUAAUUUUCCAUUCAUUUUCUGACAUUUUCUUCUAUAGCUUGUUGACAUUGAAAAUAACAAUGGUGGUGACAGCUAACAUAUGAACUAACACUUAUCAUGUGUCAUGUGCUGUAUUUAUAGCGUCUUACUCCAUCCUUACAGGAUCUGAUCUUAUGUACAUUUGACAGAUGAGAAAAGUGAGGCACAAAAAAGGUCAAGAGGCUUUCCCAGGCACUUGUGAUCAGAUGGUACUUGUGUCUUCAUUAGCUUAAGAGAUUUUCAUAGGCAUCACACAAUAUGUGUGUGUGUGUGUGUGUGUGUGUGUGUGUGUGUGUGGUGUGUGUGUGUGCGCGUGUGUGUGUUAUUAUGUAUUGUGUUGUUUUAGAGACAGUCUUGCUAUGUAGCCUAGGUUUGCCUCAAGUUCUUGAUCUUCCUGCCUCAGCUUCUUGUUUGCUGCUAUUGAAACUAUAUACCAUCAUGCCUGGCUUCAGAUGUCUUUCAUUCUUAGUGUCUUUUAAACUGCUGUAUUAAUCUAACCCAAUUCUUUUUUCUUGCCCAUGGGUAGUUUUGGUUGUGUAGGGCAAUAUCUACUCUUAAUUCCUUUAGUUGAAUUCAUUGCUGGACUUGAACUUGGUCAAAGGCUUUGGAGUCAGCUCAUUGUGUAUCUAUAUUGGCACUUGCUCUUCCAGAUGUUUCUCCUUGUGGGACUUUAGGCAGAUCAUAUAACUAUCUUUAAAUUCAACUAGCUGUCUGAAUGAGAAAGAAAGAGAGGAAAGAAGGAAGGAACAAAGAGAGGGAGGGAGAGAGGAAGGAAGGGAAAGAGGGACCCAGGGAGGGAGGGAGGGAGGGAAAACAUUUGUAGCCUUGCAAGAUUGUUGUGAGGCUGAGCAAAGAUGUGCAAAGUGUCCCCUUCCAUGUCUUAUGCACAUAUGUUUGUGCAUGCGUAGUGCUGAUGAUAGUCAUGCUCUGCAAGUGCAGAUCUGCAAGUGUGUGCAAGGGUCAUGCUGCUGCAGUAGUAGGGAAUGCAUCCUGAGGUCACCAGAGUGCCACUGCAUUGAUGUAUCUUAGUCUGGAAUCUGUGGGACAGGGUAGCUCAGACACUGAGAAGAGAACCAGAUAUGGGAGAAAGAGCUAUUGAUCUGUGGACUUGGUGAUUACCUAAUGAACGUAGCCCUGCUGUAAUCUUACCUCUAGUUCCCAACACACUAAUAAGCAAGUAAUAACUUAUGUAUGAACAUUUAUAAGAGUUUAUUAGAAAGGUUAUAUAUCUUACAGUGGUUCAUGGUCUUGGGACUGAUAUGUUACUAUUCUUUCACCUCAAACUCUGGACUCAUUUCUUUGUUCUUUUCUCAUCUCCUUGUCUCCUUUGUUCUUUAUAACUGUUCUCUUGCCUUUGCCAUCUGUGUGGUAAGUAGAGACUAUGUAGUGACUGGCUGUAGAUAAAUCUAAGCUCUGAGGCUCCCUUCUGGGCCCUGUGGAGAGGUCCUGCAGUUCAUGUUCUCUUGGUCAGUACACAGUGUUUGUAUAUACCUGAAGCCUGUAAGAACUGGGCCCUCAUCUCUGGCACCAGUACUAACUGUAUUUUCAUUAACCUAAAGAAUAUGAUUCUAGACCAAAGAUGAAUGAAUGCUUACCCGAGCUCCUAUGUGACAAGGUUGAACUUAGUUGAUGGUUAAAUAUACUGACAAUAAUGGGACAUUUGAAAACAACAUCUUCUGUCAGAUCAUCCACAGUCAGAAGUCUGUCAAGUGUUCUCCGGCUGCUGGUCCCCUUGCUAACUCACUUAAAAUGCAGCGCUAUGAAAGUAUUUAGAAUGGCUUACGGUGUACCUCUUCAGUUCCACCCCCAGCACCAUGAAAAGCAGCAAACCUCAAACUCUUUUUCUACUGUUUACAGGAGCAUGUCAUAGGCAAGAGUCACAGUCAGUGUGUACACAGAUGUUGUGAUAUGGUUGCGGUGAUGUGGGGGAAAUACUUUGGAGACUUUGUUGAUGGUGCAAGGACCCUGGUGCAUGGUGAGGGGCAAAUCUCACUCAAUGUGCCUCAGGCUGCAGGCAGGCGUCUCUCAGAAUGGACAGCUAUAGGAAGAGGAGGCCUUCUCUGGGGUGAAAAGGAAAGGAAUGUUCUCUUCGUGGAGAGUUAAAGUUAGCAAAUGUAGGCAAAGUUCACCGUCUGCCUCUGAGGAGCUUGCCUUCACAAUCCUCACAGACACCAGCAUCUGCUGUGCUCAAGUCCUUUUCAUAAGAUGCUCAGGAUACGCAUGUGACCUAGGUACAUCACAAAUACUUGGUCUCCACAGUAAAUUGCCAUAUGUAAAGCAAUAUGUUAUAGUUUAAACAGUUGUUAUAGAGACCUGCCCAUAAUAGAAGAUUUUACAAAACAAACUUUGGUUCCUUGGUUGAAUCCAUAGAAAUGGAAUUUAUAGAUAUAAAGGACUGACAGUAUUACACAUCUGAUUAACGACAAAUGUCACAAGGCCUGUUGCAUUUUGUACUUCUGAAAUUAUAAUCCCAUUUUGUUUUUGUGAUCUCUUUAGAGCCUUGGUAGGUGAGCAGGGCUUACUCUUGCAUUUAAUAGGGGAGCAGAAAUGAUAGGGAGGAGGGAAAAGCCAGACAGGAUGUGGAAGUGUAGGUUUGUAAGCCCAGAAUUGAGGAGGUGGAGAUGUGUGUAUCCUUCCUCUCCAGCCAGCAAAUUCGGCGACAUCCUAGGUAGUAAGAGCCAAAACAAGAUGGUUGCCCCUGACGACAACAGGUGAAGUUGGCUUCUGACCUCCACCCGUAUACCAAAUGAACCCACAUCAAAUUAAUAUGCACACAACCGAGAAAGAGCACUCACUCCAUCUCCCAAAGCAACUGGACUUGUUAUGGCUAACUAGUGAUGGAUCUGAUAUCUGAGCUCAUCUCUCGUCUCUAGUUCACUUAUGGGUUUACUCCAUCUAUCUGUCCACCCUUUUUUGCUUGAUGUAACAAUAAUAAUGUCACUAUUCAGGGCCUACUAAAGUGUGGAGGUGUUUGUGGUUUAAUAAUGCUGCUUCUAAUAACAUAUCUUGCACCAACUAGUCUGCUUGGUACAGGCUAGUAUUACCUUGUCUUUUCCCACAUUUACUAGGAUGCAAAUCCAAGGAGUGCUUAAUUUUCUGUGUUAAUUUCUUAGGCCUGUCUCUUUCAAGGUGUCAGACUUAGGCCAUAGGUUUCAGGCACUAGAGUCAUCUGCUACUGUCACCCUCUGCAUAGGGAGGUCCUUCUCAAAGGUGCAGGUUCAGCUCUUGGUCUCUGAGCCUUUUGGACACACCCACAAAAGGAAGGCAGCACUUGUUUGCUUGGAUUAAGCUCUUCCUGAUAUGAAUCCGUGAACUUAGAGAAUCAUGCCUUCCAAAUUUUACAUUUUUUCAAUUACAUUAUAGAUCAUGAAUAGAUGAUAUCUUCUGAGCAUCGGCCCAUGACCCAGAACUCAUUCCUGACCCCUGUCCCCUUAGCAACUUGCUGAAUUCCAUCUUUGUUUUUACCUUAUUAGUGAAUUUCCUCAGUGAGCUCACCACAGGUGAACUUUCCUUGUCAGGACUGUGAACAGUGCUAAGGCCUUUUCUGAUUGGGCUUCUCAAUCUACUUGACUCUACUAUCUCUCCCACCCUAAGGACAACAGCCUUGGACUCCACAACUCCAGAAGCUUCUAAUUCUACUGACUGAGCUCCCUUUCUGCUGCCCCUUUUCCUGUUCAUUAUUCUGGGCCACUUCUGUAAUGCAUAGCUGCCAGUUCUCUUGCCACAGGCACAUUUAAUCAUAGAGCAUCUGUGGGGCUCUAUGUCCAGAUAUGUGUCUAUACCACAGUUUUUGGCAUGUUUUAUAUUUAUGGCUCUGCCUCUUCUCUGGACCAGGGAUCUAGACUUCCUGGUUUUACUCCUGUAAGACUAGUAUCAUCUUUUCUGUUAUCUGAACUAGACACACUGAUGACCCCUUUACUCACGCCUCUAAUCUCUGUCUUCCUGAACAUCAUCUCAGCCAUUGGGUCGUCUGAAUUCCUGUCUCCUUCUCUCUGACCAGUGGCUUCUGUGCAGGGUAUUUGUUCCCCACUCUAGGCUGGCCCUCAGUGCCUCUGGCCUACAGCACUGCAGCAAAGGAAGAUUGGUUCCUGCUUCACUCUAGUUCCCCCUUCCCCUCUCUCUCCCCCUUCUCUCUAAAGAUUUAUUUGUUUAUUUUUAUGUGAGUACACCAUCGCUCUCUUCAGACACACCAGAAGAGGCAUUGAAUCCCAUUACAGAUGGUUGUGAGCCAUCGUGUGGUUGCUGGGAAUUGAACUCAGGACCCCUGGAAGAGCAGUCAGGGCUCUUAGCCACUGAGCCAUCUCUCCAGCCCCUUCACUCUAGUUUCUUUUAGUCCAUCCUUUAUUUAGUCUCCAGAGCAAUAAUUUGAAAUUUGAGCAAAAACUCUAACAAUUCCAAUAGUUAAAAGCCACAUCAUGUACUAGUACUUUCUUCUCUAAAUAAGCAAAUUUUCUGAAGUUAUUAUGUUUGGCAUGCUAGUAUUUACACAGACAUCAAGAAAAGACACUGAGCUUGUUUACUGUUUACAUGGGCUCAUUCUCCUGCCUGAUACCUAGAGCCUAAUGUUAUUAUUCCCAGAGAUCAUUCAUUAAUAGUUGGUGUGUGUGUGUGUGGUGUGUGUGUGGUGUAUGUGUGUGUGUGUGUGUGUGUGUGUGUGUGCACGCGCACGCAUAUAUGCAUGUACCAUAGUAGACCAGCAGUAUCCUUAGUCUUUCCCAGUCCACCAUGGCUAUUAGUUGAUGCUUAACUCUGGCUCUGGGCUGACUCAUAUCUGGUUUAUAUAAGAAUACCAGACUGAAUCCCUCCCAGAAGAGCUGUGAGGAAGACCAAUGCUCUCAAAAUUGUGACUACUGAAAAACAAAACCAUUUCUGAGUGAUGAACUCUUCCUGGGUCUGAAGCAGCGAAGACUAAGAGACCAUGAGGCUUUGUGCAACUCCUUUCAUUACUUUGUGCCCCAGUUGCCUUAUUAGUAAUAUGGGACCUCUAAUUGCAUCCAUAUCAAAUCGUGAGACAUAGAGAAAUGAAUCCAUGAAAAGCACAGCUACCUGGCUGGCAUAUGGUAGCUCAAACUGUUGGGUGAAACAGCUUAAUUGUGAUGGUAGAUCUCAGAAAGCUGAUUAAACAACUUCAGUGUGGUGAACAGAAGCUAUGACUGGUGGGUUCCUGUCUUUUGUGGGAUUUCUUUUCUUUUGAACCACAGUGAGAACUUUAGACCUUGUUCCAAGUGAACUAUGUGGAUGCCUCAAGUUUAUGUUUCUCCCUAACUCUUGGCUAGAUUCUGGUCUGAAGCUCAGAAUAAAUAACGUCUCUUUGGCGGUCCAGUGUCAUUUGCUAUUUGCGAGUAUCUGGCUUAGGAACCAAGUUUUAUGAUUUAGUUUGCCUAUGUAGCAUUUAAUCUUUGGAAGCUCAUAUGCAUUCAGAGAAUCACAAGCCUGCCUCAUUUAUCAUAGACUCCCCAGGUCAGGGAAGAGUGUCUAACUCACAGUAGGAAGUCAAUAAAUAGAUGCUUCAGAUAUGAAAUCUUAAGCCCUGAAGCACUGGGGUUGAAGCCAGACCUCUUGCAAAGCAGGGCCUUAGCAGUGGUUUGUGUCCCUUCUUGGUACCACAACUCCUGGAGAGUUGCCAGAUUGGCAGUACCGUGCCUUCUCAACCUAGAUUUGGAUUUGUAGAAAGGUCCAAAUGUAGUUCAGUGAAUGUAGUUUAGAACAGAAUACCCUAGCAAGGGAUUUCAUGAAAUGAUAGAAAGGGUUAAGGAGCAGAAUCAAGCCCAGGGAAGGCAAUUGUUAUCUUUCUAGCCCCAGAACUGCUCACCUGGGAGCCUUCUGCUCAGCUUAGUGCUGAGCUCACUGUAUCACAGCAACCUGAUGCCCUAGUCUGUCUGCGAUGGUGUGGCAGAGCCCUCCCACAAGCCUUCCAAUGUCAACAAUUGGGGUUUUGAUAAAACUCUGUAGCUUCGGAAUUGCUCUGUCAUUUGGCCUUCCAUGUGCAGACACCCCUCCACCCCCAGCCCCCACCAAUACCUGCUUGCAAUUUUUUCUUAUUAGAAAUUCUUCCAAGGACUCUGCAUGGAAACUAAAAGGCAUUGAAGUUCUACUGUGGCAAUUUAUCUGCUUUGCCACAUGAAGGAUAGACUUGGCUCCUCGAUCUGGAUUUGGCUUGUAGGACCAUUUCCUACUUUGAUUGGCCUCUCUCUUUUGCACCUGUUGCCCACUUACUGCCCCGCCCCCCCCAAUGUAGGCAGGAUAGCAUUCUCAGUUUCUUUUCUUGAUGUCUGUGUAAGUGUUAGCAUUCCAAAAAUAAUAAACUCAUAAUGCUUGUUUAUUUAGAAAGGAAAGCACUAGAACAUAGGGUGGCUUUUUUUUUUUAACUUUGUAAUAGUCUGUUCUUGAACCGUUUGCUCCCUAUGCAGUUGAUAGAUGAGAAGCCCCUACAAGUGUUGCCUUUGUUUCGGGUCCUUGUGGUCCUGAUGUAGGGUAUUCUCUGGGAAGUUUUGAAGCUCCUGUUUGUCUCUCAUUUGAGAAUGGCCUUCCUGGGGUGUGACAGCUUUCUUGUAGGAGGAUUUGGGCUUGAGACGUUUGUUCAGUAGCAGGGUGCUCGCCUCACAGUGAGAGGCCCAAGGUUGCAGGCUCUGGUACCCAAACCAAUACAGUUGGAAUAGCCUCUGUCUCUGGACUGCAGUGGCAGGCAGAGAGGGGCAGGGACAGAUUCUAGGGGCCAGGUAACAGAAGUGGUUAAGCUGUAAAAGUGGUGACUGUGGUGAGUGUCAGCUUUUUGUGUCUGAAUGGUCAGCAGAUUAUGUAGGAAGAUAUGAAUGUGAAAUUGCUUUGAGUUAUGCCUGUAGCAUGUCCCUGUGGUGAAAACUUGAAGGAAGUUAGAUAUUCCUACCUGGGGAAGUUAGAUAUUCCUACCUGGGGAAAGAGAGAGGAAGGAUCACACUGAACAUUUACAGCCAGCCAUCAACGGUGUAAAAAUGAUCAUGGAAACCAGAGCAGAAAGACAGAACAGGCCCCAAGGCAGUGCCUUAGAGAGAGUCAGCCCUAAAUAUCAGGACUGAAAUGCUGAUCCUGUCAGGUAAUUCAGAGGCCAUCAGCAGAAGCUGGCAAUAGCAGUGCUGCUGUGUCCUCUUGUCCUGGGAGUGACACUAACUGACGGCUGUGGGACAUAGGAUCUGACAAGCCAGUGCUGGCCAAACCACUUGGAACUCUUCUCCCAGGAGACUGUAGAGCCCUAAGUAGGAAGGAGAAGAGUAGAAAGCAUGGACAGGAACGGUUUUGAAGGAAUGGUCAGGUAUGCAGUAUGGAGAAAGAAGACUUAGGCAAAGAGCCUCCUUUGUGUUUACCCAUCCAUCCUUCUUCUCUGCCUUCAUUUGCCUGAGAGGAAGAAGCCAUUGUUAGAGGUUGUGGAAGCUUCAGGUCAGCCUAAGCCCCCUGGUUGGUGCUCCCCACAUUCAGUUAGUGUGCCUCUGCAUAAUUAUGGUGAAAGGAUGAGUUUGUCAGUCACAGAGUCAAGGUUGUCUUACUAGACACAGUGAUGUGUCAGCUUCUGUGUGUGCAAGAGAGUUGGAAACUUGCUAACGGAAACCAUAGGGAGCAUCUUAGCUGCUGGUGUGCCUUCUACCCUUUCAUCCAGAGCAUAGACCAAGAAUGUAGUUAUUAUCCUCAGGUUUCCUGAUGAGGAAAUGGCUCCAAGAUGUUUUGUUCCUUGUCUGAGGUUCCACUGAAGAUGAGUUCCAGCUGUGAGGUUAAGCAUGCUUCCUCUGAGCACCUCCCUGCACCAUUCAGAGUACCACUGAGGCCAUCUUACUGACCCAUGUGCUGCUUCUGUUACUGCUGCACCAGAAAUCUGGUGCUGCUAGAUGGGCCCAAAUGCCAAACAGGGAUUCCUGUCACUGUCUGAGCUACAUAGCACCAUGACACAGAAGGGCACUUUGGUAUGAGAAAGAGCCUGGCAUGUGGCUAGGUACAUAGAUCCAGGUACAUAGCUAUUCCAAGGCUGCUGCUGGUGUUUUUCUAAGGGACCUGUGGGCACCCCUUCCCUACUUCUCAUUGAGUCCUCAGAUGUGAUGUGCAGGAGGCCAGACAAGGCUGUGGACCCAUUUGUAACCCAUUCUGUCAGUGCCACCUCCAGCCCAGGUCAGGCUACAAGUGGCUUUUGCCAAAUAUAGGUCCCCACAUCCUAGUACUGCAUGUGGAUGAUGAUAGGGAAAUGUCACCAAGGAAGUUGUUUAGAUGAAGAAACAAGAGUACAAAGGACUCGGCUGUAACAGGAACCACUUUUAAUGACACCAGCUUAGAAUAGUGAUUGAUUCAUGGACUGGUUUUUGUUUAACAUCUUCAGUGACAGUGGAGGAGAAAAAGAGGGAUCAUGAAGUAAGGACAACAAACUUGUUUAGCUGACACCCUGAGUCCUUGCCCUGGCCACUUGGUGUAGCACAGAGGCAGGAUAUGUUGGUUAGUUUUUAUGUCAACUUGACACAAACUAGAGUCAUUUGGGAAGAGGGAAUCUCAACUGAGAAAAUGUCCCCACCAGAUCUGGCCUGUGGACAAGCCUGUUGAGCAUGUUAUUGACUCAUAACCAAUAUGGGUGAACUCAUCUCACAGAGGGCAGUGUCACCCCUGAGUAGGUGAUCCUGAAUUGUUUUUAAAAAGCAGGCUGAGCAAGCCAUAAGUUCUUUUCUCCUUGAGUUGCUUUUGGUCAAGGUCUUUUAUCACAAUAGGAACUUUAACUAGGACAAGCAAUUCCUCAGUGGCAGGGUCUACUGGGUCUGCUAAUUGAAAGCAUUCUGGUGGCAGAUCUUCACUAGGAGGCACACUGGGGAAGUGACAUGCUUGUUUGCAGAGGCUCACCUUUGCUGUUCCUUGUCCUC